AUGUCAAAAAUCUUGUCAAGAGAAUGGAUUAUUUCACACAGAAUGGUGAUAUGGCUUCUGAUUCUGGUGGCGUAUUUGUUCCAAAGAAAUGUGAAUUCAGGACAUAUGCCAACUAAAGAUGUGGAUCCAGAAGCCUUCAUGAAUGUUAGUGAAAUCAUAAGACAUAAAGGUUAUCUCUGUGAAGAAUAUGAAGUUGCAACAGAAGAUGGUUAUAUCCUUUCUGUGAACAGAAUUCCUCAAGGCUUAACACAUCUUAAUACGACAGGUCCCAGGCCUGUGGUGUUACUGCAGCAUGGCCUGCUUGGUGACGCAAGCAACUGGAUUUCCAACUUGCCCAACAACAGCCUGGGCUUCAUUCUGGCAGAUGCUGGUUUUGACGUGUGGAUGGGGAACAGCCGUGGAAACACUUGGUCUCGGAAGCACAAGAGUCUCUCUGUAGAACAAGAUGAGUUCUGGGCUUUCAGUUAUGAUGAGAUGUCUAGGUUUGACCUUCCUGCAGUCAUAAACUUUAUUUUGCAGAAAACGGGCCAGGAAAAGAUCUAUUAUAUCGGCUAUUCACAGGGCACCACCAUGGGCUUUAUAGCAUUUUCUACCAUGCCAGAGCUGGCUCAGAAAAUCAAAAUGAAUUUUGCUUUAGCACCAAUAGCCACUGUUAAAUAUGCAAAAAGCCCUGGGACCAAAUUUUUGCUGCUGCCUGAUAUGAUGAUUAAGGGAUUGUUUGGCAAAAAAGAAUUUCUGUACCAGACCAGAUUUCUCAGACAGUUUGUUAUUUACUUGUGUGGCCAGGUAAUUCUGGAUCAGAUUUGUAGCAAUAUCAUGUUACUUCUUGGAGGAUUUAAUGCAAACAACAUGAACAUGAGCCGAGCAAAUGUCUAUGUUGCUCAUACACCCGCUGGCACAUCUGUGCAAAAUAUCCUCCACUGGAGUCAGGCAGUGAAUUCUGGAGAACUUCGAGGAUUUGACUGGGGGAGUGAGACCAAAAACCUGGAGAAAAGUAAUCAGCCAACUCCUGUUAGGUACAGAGUCAGUGAUAUGAUGGUUCCUACAGCAAUGUGGACGGGAGGUCAGGACUGGCUUUCCAACCCAGAAGAUGUGAAAACUCUACUCUCUGAAGUGACCAACCUCAUCUACCAUAAGAACAUUCCUGAAUGGGCUCAUGUGGAUUUCAUCUGGGGUUUGGAUGCUCCUCAUCGUAUGUACAAUGAAAUCAUACAUCUGAUAAAACAGGAGGCCAACCUCACUGAGGGGACAUGCAAGAUCACAUUAUUCUAA